AUGCCUGCACGACUCGUUCAGCUUAAGAUCUGCCAGGUCGUCCCAGACGAGGACGAGCCGUCAUGCACCCGUCGUGCAAAGGCGAAGGGAGACGACUCCGGAGAGUCCUCGAAGCGGGCUGAAGAACUCUACGAACUCCUUCCGCUGCUUGUCGUCAGCUUGGAUGCUCACCGGGCCCUCAAAGCCACCCAGCUAUGUAUCGACGCACUCGACAAGGAGAUCUGCGAGCGCGAUGCACACCGUAGGCGUUUCUUCACCCAAGCGGAUGAUGGGCACGAGAAGUGGGUCAAUCUAUUGCGCAGGAAGCGCACGAAGGCGGAAAAUAAAGCCCGGAGGCUGUGUCUCGCGAUUGGGCUUGAUUGGAAGGGGCAUUCGCAAGCCCAAGCCCAGAGGGCUGCCAGGCCAUCAUCAUCGCUCAUUAGGUCAUCAUGGGACUCCAACUCGACCUGGUACGACGACCUCUACGACAUACUCGAGUGGAACGCCCUUCAGGAGGAGGAGGAGAACGAUGAUUCUGAAUUGGAUGACGAAGAGGAAGUUGACGACGCCGAAGACUGGAACGACGACGAGGAUGCCUAUGACCGGACCGAUUUCGAAGACGACGACCCCUGCUUGACGGCUGAAUUUGAGUACUUUCGCUGGGAGUGA